ACAUCCACAGAAGGUUGCUUGAACUCGGUGAAGUAUCCGAUGAAGUAUCCGAUGAAAGACUAUCUUAUCGGGCGUUCCUUCCUGGCGAAUGUAGCGCACGUGGUCUGGAAGGAGCAUAUGGUGAAUGCGUGUUUCGUUUCUAUCGGCCUCUUCUCGGUGUUUUGCUUCUCUUUUCACGAUAUCCACAUCUCCAGCUCAGCCAAUGCGAAUUUCUUCAUUUACAUUUUCCUAUUUCGAGCAUGUCGCACUGUCGGUAAAGACGCAGUCAAUCUCUCUUCUAUUCCAAGCUCUUUUAUCAAAGUACCGGAGAUCAACCUGUGUCAACACUGAACCGCCAUCGAAUUAUCAUGGGUAUCUUUGGCACUUACCAUAUCUAUCCAAAGGACCGUUGCGUUGUCCGAAAGUCCACUGGAGUGCGCCCAACUGGCCACACCCGUCACGGUGUUCAGCAGGCUCAUCGCCGAGAGCAGCCGCCAACCUACUCGGAAUCGGUUGCAGGGCCUACACCUUCAUGGGUUGGCCACAGCAACCACAGCCAGUAUGGCCAGAAGCCAGGCUUACUUCCGAAUAGCACUUGUGACAAGCAAUGCGAGAUUCUUCGCUACAUUUGCCCGCACGGGGUGGUAUUUAAGUGUGUUGGAGUGAAUCGGUCCAGUUCGAAACCUCGGCCACAUUGCAGAUAUUGCGAUGAUGGCAAACGACCACCGGCACCUGCUUCUGUGUGUUCUAUGCCCCAGAUCGGGUCCAGCCCAUGGGUACAUCCUGACGACCGCUACCAGGACGCCACCGGCAAUUGGGUCCACGCUCCCGGGUACGGUCAGCAGAACAAUCGACACAGUGCUCUGCAGCCCGAUCCACAGUCGCAAACCCCGCCUUACCCGGGAUAUCCAGGGUAUCCAGGAUAUCCGGGCUAUCCCGUCCCGCCUGUUGAGCGUGCUAAAACGCCCGAAGCCUCGCCACCGCCACCAACGGCCGAAGCUCCUGCUGCUGAAGAUCCCCCUGAGGAGAUAACAUUUACCAAAGAGCAAGACGACGUGAUCCUCAUCCUCAAGUCACAAGGCAACAGGUCCUGGAAGCAGAUCGCACUAGGCAUUGGUCUCCCUGAAACCGCGAAAGAUGUCGUCCGUCAACGCCAUCAUGAACUUAUGAAGCAGGGAGUCAAGGUGCCCAAUCAAGGUGGAAACAAGAGCCAGAACGGCGGAAAUGGUGGGAAGAAGAAGAAGAAGAAGGGAGGGGAUGGUGGGAACGGUGGGAUGAAGAAGGAUGACGACGAUGAUGACAGGAGCGAGAACGAUGAGAACGGCAAGAACGGCAGGAACGGAAAGCAGAGUGGAGGAGAAGAACAAGGCCAGAAGAACCAUUGGGCUACAGUUGACCCGUACAAGGGCGUCUUCGACGGCCGCCGACCCGAUCCAGGGACUAUUGCGAGGAUGGAGGCGUUGCUCGAUGACGGCGGCAAGUACGAACGCAUGGCUUCGCAAUACUUCACGGAGACCGGGAAGCUCAUCAGCUCGGAUGUUUUCCGGCGCAUGGAUGAGGCGAAGAGGAGGUAGGGGAAGAUGGGGGGAGAGCCUAUGGCGGAGGGCGGAA